UAUGGUGCUUGCUCUUAGUGAUGUACUUGCUCUUGGUAUUGCACUUAAUCUUGGCGCUACACUUGUUCUUGGUACUGCACUUGAUCUUAGUACUGCAAUUGCUUUUGGUAUUGUACUUGAUCUUGAUGCUGUACUUGCUUUUGACCUUGUUUUUGCCAUUGAUAUUGCUUUUGCUCUUA